AUGCCUGCACCGCCAACGCAGGUCACCAUCUACGAGUCGGACCACACAGAAGAGGCAUUCUUCCCCCAGCAGUCGGUGUACGACUACCUCUUGCCGCAGGCAGAGGGCAUCUCUCCACGUCCCACAUACGACGACGCACUGCCGGCCUUUAUCGAUGGCCCCAGCGGCACAGUGCUCACCAGGGGCGGGCUGGCAGACGCUGCUCUGCGCAUCGCCAGCGGCUUGACACAGCUCGGCAUGAAACCCGGUGACGUGGUCAGCAUCUGGGGCCGCAACUGUCUCGAAUGGGUCCAGGCAAUGUAUGGGUGCAUGGCGGCCGGGCUGGUCAUCACGCCGGCAAACGUGGCCUACGCACCGUUUGAGCUUGCGCACCAGAUGAACAACUCGGGCGCACAGAUGAUGUUGGUCGACCCGCUCCUGCUGCCCCUGUUUGAAGCAACACGCCCGCUCUUCACCGCAUCGUUGUUUCCAGCAUCCCGCGUCAUCCUGCUGUGCGACACGGCCGACAAGCCGGAAGACUCGCCAUACAAGUCGCUGGGGGAGAUCCUCGGCGACCGGCACGCGACACCGGUCAAGCUGGACGGCGCAGACGCGCACACGACGGCCUUUCUGUGCUACUCGUCAGGAACCACCGGUUUGCCAAAGGGCGUCAUGACCUCGCACUUCAACCUCACGAGCCAGCUGCAGGCCGCCAACAUUUCCUUUCCGCAGAUCGAGUGGGACAAGGACGUGAUCCUCGGUGUCCUGCCGUUCUCGCACGUCUACGGCCUCGCCGUCGUCCUCAUGCACCCCGUCACGCGCGGCGUCCCCGUCGUCAUUCUCCCGAAGUUCGACGAGAUCAGCAUGUUGACCGCCAUCCAGAGCUACAAGAUCACGUACGGCCUCAUCGUCCCGCCCAUUGUCAUUGUGCUGCUCCACUCGAAAAACCUGCCCCACUACGACUGUUCCAGCCUGCACACGCUCGUCUGCGCCGCGGCCCCGCUCGCGCGGUCGCUGCAGGCCGCGUUCAACGCGCGUCUGCCGCACAUUGUCCUCAUGCAAGGGUACGGCAUGACCGAGUGCUCGCCCGCGACACACUCGAUGCGCCGUGAAGAGUCCGUGGGGCGCGCAGGAACCGUCGGACGCCUCCUGCCCGGAUACCAGGCGCGGCUGGUGGAUGCCAAGGGCCACGACGUCAAGCCGCACCACGCGGGCGAGCUGUGGCUGCGGGGACCGUGUGUCAUGAAGGGAUACCACAACAACGCCGAGGCGACGGCGAGCACCAUUGGCCCCGGCGGCUGGCUCCGCACGGGCGACAUUCUCGUCCGGUCCCAGGACGGGUUCUGGCGUGUCAUUGACCGCGUCAAGGAGCUCAUAAAGUACAAGGGCUUCCAAGUCGCGCCUGCCGAGCUCGAGGGUGUCCUCAUGGAACAUCCCAUGGUGGCCGACGCCGGCGUGGUGGGAGUGUACGAUGCGUCGCAGGCGACCGAGCUGCCCAGAGCGUACAUUGUCCCAAAGGAAGAGUACGCAGACUACGUGCUGCUGCCACAAGAGGUGCAGGACUUUGUCGCGGCCACAGUGGCAGGGUACAAGAAGCUCCGGGGAGGCGUACAGACCAUUGACGUGGUACCCAAAUCGCCCUCGGGCAAGAUCCUCCGCAAGCUGCUGCGCGAACGAGCCCAGAGGGAGUAUGACGCGAUUAACCCGAACAAGGCAAAGCUGUAG